GGUGACCUUAUAAACUCAAUUCUAAUCUGUAUAUGUAUUUUUGCUGAGCAACAUUUUCCCCCUUCCUACAGCUCAACCGAACGGAAAGCUAUCCUUAAAUGGGCACACAAAUGGUGGACAGUAACAUGUUAGCAUUCAUAGAGAAUGAAGCGAUGCCUCUUCAUGAAGUAAUAAACGCUAUAAAAAUAGUGAAGAGUGAAGCAGUUGAAAAGAUCAAUCCUUUAAUCGUCGCUCAUGCUUCAUCACUAAAUUCUUUGCAAAUGGAGUCAUCUUCAGUGGAUUUCAUCAUAUCCAUGGGUACAUCACAAGAUUUUCCUGGUGAUAAUUUGGUUGGGGAAUUUUCACGGGUUUUAAAGCCUGGUGGAGAAAUCUUUAUUCAUCAAAGUUUUGAUGCUGCCAAAAAGAAUACAACAUCUUCACUUGGGCGAAAGUUAUUAGUUGCAGGGUUUUCAAAUAUUGAGGUGGUUCAGAUGGCUGAGGUGCUGUCUGAAGGUCUCCAGUCUUUUGGUAUCAAGGGAAAGAAGCCUUCUUGGAAAAUUUUACCAAAAGUUGAGGCUGUUGAUGAAAUGGAUGUUAUAGAUGAAGAUAGUCUCUUAUCUGAAGAGGAUUUGAAGAAGUCCCAAUUCCCAACAAGUGGAGAUUGUGAAGUUGGAAGCACACCAAAAAUCAGUAGUAUAUUAGGUGAUGCUUUUCAUCGCAAUAUUCAACUUAUUAGUUCAAACACACCAUUGUCCAAAAAUAUUUCCCGUUUCGAUUCCUCACAACCACCACGCUCCCUACAAUUUGAAACCAUCUGUUUUCCUACAAACACUGCGUGUGAUCCUACAAAAACUUCACAAAACCAAUCUCAUGCAUCUCAACCCCAAUCAACCGAUGAUGAUGACACAUCUCUACUUGUUAAGAGCUCGAAAAGAAAGAGCUCUGAAAAAACCGCAAAUCCUAAUCGUACGGGUCCCGCUCCCGCACAAACAUGGUCUACGGCCGAGGAAGCCGCAUUGAUAACUGCGUGGAUCGACAUCUCGGAGGAGAUCGGUACAAGCGGUAAUUAUGUUGGUCCUUUUUGGAACCGUAUUUUGAAACAUUUUUAUAAUGCAAUGGGUCGUUAUGACUAUCGUACACACCACCAACUUAAUUCAAAAUGGAGGGACAUAAAUCGGAAGGUGAUGAAGUUCAAUGACAUCUACAACAACUUGUUAAAUGAACGCGCAAGUGGUGAUAGUGAAGCCGACAUUUUGAGAGCAGCGCUCGAACAAUACCGAUCGGAACAUAACGGGGUAGCGUUUAGCUAUGCAUCCGCUUGGGACGCUUUUAAAAAAUCCCGAAAAUGGUUAACAGUGUAUGGGAAUGGGAAGAAUCAUACCAAUGGUUUGAAACGAACCAAGACAUCCUACUCCAAUGAUUAUACGAUAUCGCCCGUUGACCUCGACGAAGAGGAUGACCCGCCUGUACCCAUACCCAUACCCGUACCCGUACCCGAAUCCGAACCCGAACCCGAACCAUCCCGACCGGUUAAGAGCUCCAAAAGAAAGAGCUAUAAAAAUAUCGCAAAUAAUGUUGGUACCGGUCUUUCUAACGGUCAAGCAUGGACUACGGUUGAGGAAGCCGCACUGGCAACUGCAUGGGUCGACAUCUCGGAGGAGGACGGUUCAACGGGUAACGUGCAAAGUGUCGGUCCGUUUUGGAAGCGCGUGUUGAAACAUUUUCACAAUGCAAUGGGCCGUGAUGACUAUCGUACAAACCACCAACUCAGUUCAAAAUGGAGGGAUGUAAACCAAAAGGUGGUGAAGUUUAACGACAUCUACAACAACUUGUUAAGUCAACGUGGAAGUGAUCAUAGUGAAGCAGACAUUUUGAGGGCGGCGUUAGACGAAUACCGAUCGGAACAUAACGGGACUACGUUUAACCAUGGAUCCGCUUGGGAUGUUCUUAAAAAAUCCAAAAAGUGGGUGACUGCGUCUGUGGUGGAUUAUACAAGUGGUCCGAAACAAACCAAGACAUCUGACUCGAAUGAUUAUACAACAUCAUCGGAUGCAUGUUGUCUCGUUGACAUCAACGACGAGGAUGAUGAGAUUGAGCCUGUGGAUCACGACGAGGAGAUUGAGCCUGAAGAACCUCGACGCCCAAUCGGGAGGGGUAAAGGAAACAGAGCUUCAUCGUCGACUUUAUCGGGAUCCAAUAUGGAUGAAAAAAUAGAUCGAUUAGCAGAUAAGUUGGAUAAAUUUACCUCGAUUUAUGACCAACACCUCGAAUUGGAAAAAGAAAAAAUCCGCAUAAAGGAAAAAGCACGGGAGGAAAAAAUUCGUGCAAAAAAUGAAGCACGUGAGUUUGAAGAUUUUAAGAUCUUAACGGCAAAGAUUGACCAUCUGACCGGACCUUCUCUUCAAGCAGCUCUAGCAUUGAAGGAUAAGAUAGCGAAAAGAUAUGGUUUUGAGUAA